GUUUUAUCAGAGGAGGUAAGAAUUAUGUCGAGGCAAAUGCUGCUUGUUUUUCUGUUGCUGAUAUUGAUUAUCACAUCCCAAUUUGAAUGGAGGCAACAGUUAGUUAGUGAUGUAGAUGCAACACGAAAGGAAUCUCAGAAGCAGCAGCAAAUUUCACAGAGAGAAGAAGGUGUCAAGGAGAAGGUUAUCUUAUCGCAGGAGAAGAACAUCCAGAGGCUGAACGAGCUUGUUCGGAGCCUCAGAGAAGAAUUGCAACAGUGCCAGAAUUAUAAUAAAACGUUCGAAGGCACUUUCAGCUCGUUGCAGAAAAAGGGUAUUCAGCUUGAGAGACAGCAGAUUCUGGAAGACUGAACCUGCAAACUUGAAGUCUGUCUUAUGUGCAAUAGUUGAACUUUGUCCAUCCUUUAUAAUAUUUCUUCAUUUGUAAAAACUCUGUAAAAUCUAAUUAGUUAAGGAAUAUUACUGAUGCAGGGGUGGCAAAUUUCACCUGAAUCCCCUGAUGUGUGUUAAUAUAAGCCUAAUUAGUAAAA